UUGGAGAGGCAGUACAGUUUUGCAACUCGGCGUCUCAACAAGAGAGCUUGCAGGGUUGGUGGCUUGGUUCUCUCGGUUUAUUGGGGUGCAAAACUAGCAAAUCGGUGAAACAGAGGUGUACAUAUACACGGGUAAAAUUGAGACGAUUCGUUACAUACGAUUGUACCAGAAAUUAAGAAUUUUUGGAAAUUUUCACAAUGCAGUUUUACAACAAAACCAGUCAGGCAGUCAUGCCAGUAAAUACGAGAUUGAAAAAAUUGCAAGAAAAUUGCCCCUCGUGGUAGAUAGCGUGCUGUUUCAAGUGUCUCAAUAUUUUGACUGGGUGAAAUUUGGGGACGUGAUUUUAUCAAGAAUUCCCUCGCCGUGAUUGACUUUUACAUAAAACUGCCAAGAGGAGGAGGAGGACUCAUUCAUUCAUUGGGAAGCUCAUCAUCAACAGUUUAUCCACUAUCACGAGGAUCUUGAGCAAAUAAACAUUUUAAACGUAAACUCACAAUGUGGGGCUAGAUAACUUUUUGGUCGCCAGGAUAAAGUCUUUGGUUCCGUAAAAAAACGAUCGUGUUUGAUUUAAGCAAUUUAACUGGAUCAUUCGUUAUAUAAUAUUUUAGAAUAAAAUGGAAACAAUUGGAGAAAGCUGACCACAAAAAUGUGGUGUAUAGUACGUAUUAGUUUAGUUUGCAUAUAAAUAAGUAUCAAUCUCUUUGUCAACAAAAUCGUUAAGAAAAUCCUUGUGAUAAAAAUGACUUUACAGUUUUUUACCAUCUCCACCAUUAUUAUUUUUGGACUUAACUCAUUCUAAUUUCCACACCAGAGUUACUUGCAUAAGAAGACUUAAUUCUCUACAACUUAAUUCACGAAUUUCUCUUGUUUGAUUUGAUGAGGAAUGGAAAAACUGUGAAAAUGCCUGUGAUUACGGCUCUCUUGGGCGUUAUUUUGACUUCAUUAGUUUUUAUCACUAUAAUUGGAAACAUUCUCGUCUGUUUGAGCGUCGUGCUUGUGAGAAAAUUAAGGAAGCCACAGAAUUAUUUGCUCGUGUCACUCGCAGUCUCAGAUUUAUUCGUGUCUCUUUUCGUGAUGCCAUUUGCAAUUGUGUUUGAACUUAAUGAUGCCAGUUGGCCCCUCAGUGAUGGAGUAUGUGACCUUUGGGUGUCAGCCGACGUCUUAUCCUGCACGGCAUCAAUAUUGAAUUUAUGUGCCAUAAGUGUGGACCGAUAUCAGGCGAUAACACGUCCUCUGGAGUACUCUGGCUCCUCAUCCCCACGGCGGAUGUUGGGAGUGAUUGGAGGGGUCUGGCUUUCCGCCGCUUGUGUCUCCCUCCCUCCCGUCCUACUACUUGGCAAUGAACACGAAAACCACAAUUGUAUCGUCUCUCAAAAAUUUUGGUACCAAAUCUACGCGACAAUGGCUUCAUUCUACGUUCCUUUGUGCGUGAUGGUCGUCGUCUACGCCAAGAUCCUUCGCGUCGUGGCGGACAAGAAGAAGCAGAUGACGUGGACAAAUAACAGUCGGAAUAGUAGCGUAGAUCGCUCAGCCGUGCACGACAUGCACUAUCUACAAGAGAGAGCAGACGGAAGCGUCAAUAUUCCUGCCACGUCGCCCCAUAAUCAUGAUCGUCAACAGCCGAGCAGUAACAAUCCUCCUUGGAAGAGGGGAAGCAGGGGUUCCUCCGCAACGAGGAUGAAUUUAGCUCAUCUUCACCAAAAUCCCGUCCAGUUGAGGGUCCAUCAUCCCAGCCAGAGACGCCAACAGCGUUACGCCAAUAAUCCUCCCACCGAUGGAGCAAAUGGACACAAACACCCAUUUCCCAGCUUACAAAAAUUCCGACCUGUGAGACUAAAGGAUCAUAAAGCUUCCACUACGCUGGGACUCGUGAUGGGUGCGUUCAUAAUUUGUUGGCUGCCUUUCUUUGUCCUCGCACUCAUUCGUCCGUUCGUCGAAGAGGACAAAAUCCCAGGUUGGGUCUCAUCUCUCUUUCUCUGGUUGGGAUAUUUCAACUCUAGUCUCAAUCCUGUAAUCUAUGCAACCACCAAUCGUGACUUUAGACGUCCAUUCCGUGAAAUAUUGUGCUUCCGAUGUUCCACCCUGGACGACUUGAUGCGUCGAGAAUUCUACGACCACCAAUACGGUGGUGACGAAUAUUGUGUUCGCAACAAAAAGAAACUUCCCGGCGUGGGUUCGAGCUGUGUCAGUGGUGGUGGCCCACUUUCCCCCACGUCCGUCUCCGAGACAAAUAUUUUAACCAAUAACACCAAAAUUAAUAAUACGAAUUCCACAAGUUGUCCAUCCCUCCCACCACCACCGCCACCACCUCCACCACAAUUGGAGUCCUUCCCGAACAAGCAAAACUCCGUGUCCCAAACGCAUACCCCCAUCAAACUCCAGAAUCAGAAUGCCAUCAGUUCCACCACCACUGACCAAGAGUCGUCUGGUCUUCCUCAGAAAGGGUCGCCCCAAUGGACGCCUUCUGCGGAGAGGAAUAAAAUGAAUAUAACUCUUGAAACUACAGAUCCAGAGACUGACGUUGAAUCCGACGGAUUCAACUGUCGCAUGGUCGCAAUUUGAACACUCCAAACUCACUUUCUGCUUAUCAUUAUUGUCGGAAGAGAAAGUUGACGAAAUUCCGAAUGCUGAUCAUCCUGAUUCCUAUUUAUUACCUUUACUACUACUACUUUUGCCACGUCUUUCAUCGCUCUCCAAUCCAAUUGUACCGUGGAAAUACGUAUCAUCCAUCAAUUCAUCCUUUCCAACUUUUAAGCGUGCCGUGUCGCCCGACGAGGUGGAAAUGUGGGUGGAUUGGGUAACGUCGCGGAGGAAAGAAAGCAAGUGGAACUGACUGAAGAGAUGAAAUGAGAUAGAUGAAAUCGAAUUACAAAAGGACACAUAAAUCAGCCACUCUAGUCGAGACAUACAUGAACAAAUGUCCACCAAGCGAGGAGUCGUCCUUAAGCCGUGUCUACCACUUUCUACCCACUACACAAAUCCAGAAAAAAGAAGGGCUACCACCACUACCACCUGACAACUAAGGUUGGGUAAAAAUUGAGUUGAUUGGCAUUUGGACAUAACAAUUUAAGGUCAACCUCAACAACUCAGAGGGAAAGUAUGCAGUCGAUCAGUUCCAUGGUGAACAACUUUCUAGCAACGCCACCACUACUACAACUUCCAAUAAGAUUUGAAAUCAAAUCAAAACCAGACUUGGUCAAUAAAUAUCAAUUUCACCAGAGGAGAGAAAUCGUGACAGAUAUGUAUACUCGACCAAUUCAGGGCGACAGACUUGACAUGGCUCCAAGUGGUGGUUCAUCCCGUGAGAUUAUCUGCUCUUCCCCCGCAGAAUUCCGCAUCAGGAUUGGUUUUGUUGGCUCAGGCAUUUGUUCAUCAUCACACCGCGGUGGACGCCGUCGUCUUAUGAUCAUUGACGAACAACAACUUUUAUACCGAGGCAUCAGUCAGUCGUCGUCGUAAGAAAUGAGAUUGAUCGUUACACAACGCCCAAAUCAAGAUCUGCCUCAUCACAGAAUUAAGCGAGGAUCGAGGAAACAGCUGAAAGCACUUGUUCAAAUGGGGGGUGAAAGACUCACGGCAGACGUAAUAACACACAAACUUGACGUAAAAUAAAAAUGAAAUGGAUGGCUUUUGAAAAAAAUACAAGAGUGCAUGCAUCCACCAUCCAUCCAUGGUCUCUCUCAGCAUCCGAGUGUUUGAUCAUCUCUCAAGAGUCAGGAGCGACUAAUAGAGUAGAAGAGCAGGCUACAGCAGUUACGUCACUCUGCGCUGUAUGUAGGUGUGAGCGAUGUCCGAAAAAAUGAACGGGGAGUGAUAUCUGUCAUUUCGGAAGUCGAGAUGAAUUUCAAAAUCGAGAAGAUUAAGUGGAUCUGAAAGUCCACUUGGGAACGGAAAUGAAAGUGGGUUUCAUUCCCCGAUUCCCCACGCCACGUCGCAGCUUAGUCACUAACACGACUACCACCACGACCCAGACUGGAUCAGAGACCAUGAAGUGGUAUGUGAGAGGGAUGGGUAGAUUGAUAAGGUUUGCAACCAUGUCGUCGUCGUCGUCGUCAAUUCCGCACAAAACUGCCAAGCCCAAGCCAAUCUCUCAACCAAACUGGCUUCCGUCCCUCUAAGCCAACUUUACUUUGUGCUGCGGAUUCACGCAGAUAUUAAGAGAUGUGGAUAUGUUCAUCCUUUACAUGGAAUACGCAUCCGAUUUAUUGUUGGUUCGAUGCAUGCAAUUCUAUGACAUGAGUUGAGAUCUCUAGGUGCAAUGAAGCCCAUUGAAGCUUUUCCAGGAAGAAAUAUAUACAUUGGUUUUGUGGAAAAAAAGAGAGAGGAAAUGUUUCAAUAACGUGAGAGAAUGUUGAACGUAUCGAAAAAUGGAGAAAAUUGAAGAGAAUGUGUUCAAGAGUGGUGUCAUCAUGAGCAGUUGUUGGGUUUGGUGGAUAUAAAUAUAUUGAAUUUUGUGAGACGAGGAAAGAAAGCUGUUGAGUCUAUUCUUAGAAAACUUUCUGCCCCCGGAUAUCGUCUCCAGUCAAGAAACGACACUAGCAGACGACGCAAUAACAAUUCACGAAAGGAGAGAAAGUCACCCACCACGACCACGACGACCACCAUCCAUUCAAAGGCCAGGCCAGGCAACCUUUCACCAAAACCACAUUUGUGAUACUGGUCAAGAAGAAAUGAUUCUUCGAAAUCCCUUCUUCUGAUUUUGAUUUGUUUGUUGUCUGGCUUCCUUGAACACUGAAUGGACUGAAUAUUCUUUAUCCUCCAGAUUCUUAAAUCUCCAACUCUGUCAACCUUCCCGAGUAAUAAUGCUGCUUCGACCAUGUUCUCAAGAUCUGUUUUGAAUUGCUGAAAAUUUAAGAGCAAAUGAAAUCCAGAGUCAAACAGCGCUUGAACUUUGCACACACAGAAAGACUAUCAUGAUCAUACAUACAUUUAGCUAAAUAAACCUGACUGUAUAUGUAAAAGCAUCAGUAUUUAUUAAAGCAACUGACCAUUAAGCACCCACUCUAACGGUACAUGUAUCUUUCUCCCAAAUAUGUACAUAAAUCCAUAAAAGUAUUCAAUCCAACGCCAACCACCACAUUUAUAUGUACCCAUUCGUAUAUACGUAUCCUCGUCAAAAAACAAUAUUCUACAUCCGUGUGAGAAAAAAAAUCGUCAAAUCCAAGUUUAAUCUCAAUGUCGCAUUUCUGCUUUUCCUCAAUAUCGUCGUAUUAUUACCCUCAAUGUGAAAAGAUACGCAUUGUUCGCGUGUCAUAAACGAGAUAAAUUCUAUUGUGUGUCUAGAAUAUUACGAGUUUUCCUACAUUUUGUAGCUUCCAUUAUUGACCGUGUAUUGUGUAAUAUUUAUCACGUUCUCAAAGGAACUUUAUGUAAUAGCUUAGUUUGAGUUUCUUCUUGAGAAAUUUAAUGAUACCAUCGUCGUGAACUACAUACCUGCUUGAGUGCAUGGCGUAGAUGUUUUAUCACUACGCAAGCUGAUUCAUGGUGCUACUGAUACAUCGUCCUACCAAUUUCUUCUCCUUCGUAACGGUUUGUUUCCUCCGAAAUUAUUAUAAAUAUUGAGGAAGAUAUGGAAUCCUGUUACUGAAGAAAGUAUAUUAAUAGUUGACAUGCUGUUGAAUCGUGUACUGCAGCUGUUCAUUCACAUAUCAAACUCAAAAUAUAAAUCCUAAUACAUGAUCAUCUAUCAUAACGUGUACAUGGUCCGACGAGGGCGAUGAAAUUGUUUCACUCAACGAGAUGAACCAGUAUGGUACUAAGUCUAAUGAAUAAAUAAAUAUUACUCCUAAAUAGAUUUCUACUAGGGGUGUAAGAGUAUUAUCUAUGUAUUUAUAUUUCGGGAAAACUACUUGUUCCCGACAGCAGAGGUAGGAAACAACAUUUUCUACGAAAAAAGAAGAUAUGAAAUAACAGUAUGUACUCAUCUAUCUGUGUUGGUCUGAAUUACGCUAGUCUGUAAAUAUUCCUAUAUUAUUAUUAUUAUUAUAUUCAUGUAAUACAAUGUGAAAUAAAAAAAAACCUUCUUGGAGAAAGUU